CCACUCUUCCUUCCAUCAACACAAACAAGCUUCAAUUCAGUGAGACAGCUCAAGAAAAUCAACUCUCGCAAGUCCACUAUAGUACUAGACACAGCGAUCAGAAAUCAAGUCUCGAGUCUUCACUCCAGCAACGCAAGACCAAAAACCAAGAAGGAGAAGAGAUGGCUGCUCCGGUGAAGGCGUCGUGGAUGGUGGCGAUGAGCUUGGGCGCCGUGGAGGCGCUCAAGGACCAGGCCGGCCUCUGCCGCUGGAACUAUGCUCUCAAGUCCAUCCACCGGGCAGCCAAGGCCAGGGCCAACGUCUGUGGCGGCGCCUCACAGGGUGCCAAGCAGCUUCCGGCCUCUGCUGCGGCGGUGGCGGAGAAGCGGCGAGCGGAGAAGGGCGAGGAGGGGAUGAGGACCGUCAUGUACCUCAGCUGCUGGGGUCCAAAUUAGCACUAGCUCUGAUAGUCUGGUUACUAGUUAGGCAGAGGUGUUCAUGUUUGCUGCAACAACCAUGGUCUGAACUCUGAAACCGGCUGGCAUCCCCGUGGAAUAUUUCAUUGUAAAAAACCACGAUGAUGAUGAUGAAAAUUUCCUUUUACUUCAGUU